AGAGAGAUUCCACUCAGGAAUUGUGCUCCGGAUAGUUAUACGUAUUCUACAUUGAUGCAUGGGUUGUGCAAGGAUGGUAGAACUGAUGAGGCGGUUUCCUUGUUGGAUGAAAUGCAGGUUGAAGGCACCUUUCCUAACCCAGUUGCGUUUAAUGUGUUGAUCAGUGCAUUGUGCAAGAAGGGUGACUUGACACGCGCUGCCAAGCUUGUUGAUAAUAUGCUUCUCAAGGGUUGUAUCCCGAAUGAAGUGACUUAUAAUGCACUUGUUCAUGGUCUGUGUCUCAAGGGAAAGUUGGAGAAGGCGGUGAAUCUGUUGAACCGGAUGGUGUCGGAUAAGUGUGUUCCUAAUGAUGUUACUUUUGGUACACUUAUUAAUGGGUUUGUUAAGCAAGGAAGAGCUUCUGAUGGGGCUCGUGUGUUGGUCUCCUUGGAAGAGAGAGGUCAUAGGGGAAACGAGUAUGUGUACUCAUCCCUUAUCAGUGGCCUAUGCAAGGAGGGAAAAUUCAGUCAUGCAAUGCAGUUGUGGACGGAAAUGGUUGGAAAAGGAUGUGAACCAAAUACUGUAGUUUAUAGUGCUCUUAUAGAUGGUCUUUGUCGAGAAGGGAAGCUAGACGAAGCAAGGGAGUUCUUGUCUGAAAUGAAGAAUAAAGGUUACCUGCCCAAUUCUUUCACUUACAGCUCCCUAAUGAGGGGUUUUUUU